AAUCCCACUAUUACUCUGUGUUCUUCUGGGCAACUUUGUUUUGUGCAUUUGUGUUUAUUUCACGAAAUUCUCAAAUACUUACUAAAAUACUCAAUUUACACAUAAACUAUUCAAUUAAUGUGUAAAUCCGUCGCUUAAUUUGUUUACUGUACUAGGCUAUUUGGUGAUACAUAGCCGGUUAUCACCUUAGCAUCCGGUCAUACGGGCGGUGGCUCUAAGCCCCCCGUGAAACAAGUGAAUCAUGUCUGUGAGUGAGAAAGUGUCCCUUUCUGAUGCCCUCAGCAAUGUGGAUGUACUGGACGAACUCACUUUGCCAGAUGAGCAGCCAUGCAUCGAGGCGGCGCCAUGCUCCAUCCUGUACCAGGCCAACUUCGACACCAACUUCGAGGACCGCAAUGGCUUUGUCACCGGCAUCGCCAAGUACAUUGAGGAGGCCACCGUCCAUGCCAAUCUGAACGAGCUACUAGAAGAGGGCAACGCGCACGCCGUCAUGCUGUACACCUGGCGGUGCUGCUCGCGAGCCAUCCCGCAGCCUCGCAGCAAUGAACAGCCAGACCGGGUUCACAUCUACGAGAGAACUGUGCAAGUGUUGGCCCCGGAGGUGGACAAGCUGCUGCACUUUAUGUACUUUCAGCGCAAAGCGAUCGAGCGUUUCUGCGGCGAGGUCCGGCGCCUGUGCCACGCGGAGAAGCGGCGCGACUUCAUCUCCGAGGCGUAUCUGCUGACGCUGGGCAAGUUCGUCAACAUGUUCGCCGUGCUCGACGAGCUCAAGAACAUGAAGAGUUCCGUUAAGAACGAUUAUUCCACGUACAGGAGGGCGGCGCAAUUCCUCAAGGUGAUGUCUGACAGCCAGAGCCUACAGGAGUCUCAGAACCUGUCCAUGUUCCUCGCCACACAGAACAAGAUACGGGACACUGUUAAAGACGCUUUGGAGAAGAUCAAUGGCUACGAAGAGUUGCUAGCUGACGUGGUCAACAUAUGCGUCUACAUGUUCGAGACUAAAAUGUAUCUGACACCGUCAGAGAAACACAUGCUUGUAAAAGUGAUGGGUUUCGGACUGUUCCUGAUCGACUCCGAGAUCUGCAACAUCAAUCGCUUGGACCAGAAAAAGAAGAUUCGACUCGACAAAAUAGACAGAAUUUUCAAGAACUUGGAGGUGGUGCCUCUAUUCGGAGAUAUGCAGAUAGCGCCGUUCAACUACAUCAAGAGAUCCAAGCACUACGACCCGAGCAAAUGGCCCCUGUCUUCGAACCCGAACCCGAUAUCUCCUCAAGCUGACCUGAUGGUGCACUUGCCGCAAAUAAGGGAGGAACACCAGAACUAUAUCUCCGAACUGGCGAGAUAUAGUAACGAGGUGACCACCACAUUCAAGGAAGCUGGCUCUGAUGCCGAAAACCUGGCUGUAAGAGAAUUGGCUCUCCGAGGCCUCCAGCUCCUGUCAGCUUGGUGCUCGGUGCUGAGCGAGCUGUGCUCGUGGAAGCUGCUGCACCCCACCGACCACGCCGCCAGCGCGCGCUGCCCGCCCGACGCAGAGGAGUACGAGAGGGCGACCCGCUACAACUAUUCCUCAGAGGAGAAGUUCGCCAUGAUAGAGGUGAUCGCCAUGAUCAAAGGCCUGCAGGUGCUGAUGGGACGCAUGGAGACCGUCUUCGCUGACGCCGCUAGAAGGUCAAUAUACGCGGAACUACAAGAUUUCGUACAGCUGCUGCUGAGGGAGCCACUCAGAAAGGCCAUCAAGAAUAAAAAGGAUUUGAUCAGAAGUAUAAUAGUGUCGGUGCGCGAGACGUGCGGCGACUGGGCGCGCGGGUGCGAACCUCAACAAGACCCAGCUUUGAGAGGGAAGAAGGACGACCACAGCUUCACGAUCAAAGUGCCGCGACGGAAUGUCGGCCCAUCAUCAACCCAACUCUACAUGGUGCGGACCCAACUAGAAGCCCUGAUCUCGGACAAGUCGGGCGGCCGCCGCACGCUACGCAAGGACCUAGAGGCGGCGCCGCUAGCCGCUAUUGAAGCCUUCCACCGGCAGAGCUUCUUCUGGCAGUAUUUGCUUAAUUUGUCCGAUUCGCUGUCCAAAUGCUGUGAUCUGUCGCAGCUGUGGUACCGCGAGUUUUACCUCGAAAUGACCAUGGGAAAGAAAGUUAACAAAUGCACGGUCCGCCACCAACACAACGAAGAGUGCAAUGACCUCGUGACCAUGGAGAAACGCAUACAGUUCCCUAUUGAGAUGUCGAUGCCGUGGAUACUGACGGAGCAUAUACUGAGGAGCAAGGAACCUGCUAUGAUGGAAUACGUCCUCUACCCGCUAGACCUGUACAACGACUCGGCACAAUACGCGCUGACGGUGUUCAAGAAACAGUUCCUCUACGACGAAGUGGAGGCGGAAGUCAACUUGUGCUUCGACCAGUUUGUGUACAAGUUGAGCGAGCAGGUCUACGCGCAUUACAAGCAGUUGGCUGCCAGCAUGCUCCUAGACAAGCGCUACCGAGCAGAAUGCGCGGCUCGCGGCGCCAGCACGGCGCCCCACGCCGGCCGCUACGCGUCGCUGCUGAAACAACGACACGUCGCAUUGUUGGGACGCCAUGUCGACUUGUGCGCGCUGGUGGCUCAGCGCAUCAACGCCGAGAUGCACCGCGCUCUCGAAGCCGCCGUCUGCAAGUUCGAGGCUGGUGACAUUACUGGAGUUAUUGAGCUAGAAGGCCUGAUAGCCGUCAACCGCCUCACCCACUCCCUCCUAAGCCGCUACCUAACUCUGGACGACUUCGAGUGGACGCUACGCGAGUGCGACCACGGCGUGCUCGCUCCGUACGGGAGGGUCACUCUGCACGUGUUCUGGGAGCUCAACUACGACCUGCUGCCGAACUACUGCUACAACGCCGCCACCGGCAGGUUCGUGAAAUGCCGCGGCCUCCAGUUCUCGGGGCCGGUGCAGCGCGAGAAGCCGCAGCAGCACGGCCACGCGCUCACCUGGGGCUCCAAGCAGCUCAGCCUGGCCUAUGGAGCCCAGUACGCGCAGUUUAACGGUUUCGUCGGCGCCCCGCACCUACACGCCCUGGUUCGCCUACUAGGCUACCAGGGCGUGGCGGUGGUGGUAGGCGAGCUACUGGGCGUGGCGAGAGGGUUGUUACACGGGACGCUAGCUCAGUUCACGCAGGCGUUACAGAACGCCAUGCCGAGGCAUUGCAAGCUGCCGCGGUAUGAUUAUGGGUCUAAUGGCGUGCUAGGCUACUACCACGCGCAACUCACGGACAUCGUGCAGUACCCCGACGCGAGGACCGAGCUGUUCCACGCGUUCAGAGAACUGGGGAACAUCAUACUGUUCUGUAUGCUGAUUGAGCAGGCGCUGAGUCAAGAGGAAGUGACGGACCUGCUUCACGCUGCGCCGUUCCAGAACAUUCUGCCGAGACCUCACACUGCUGAGGGUGAGAAGCCGGAAGCGAAACAGAAGCGACUGGAAGCGAAGUACGCCGCGCUACAGAUUGUGCCCAAUGUCGACAAAUACGGCACUGCCAAGCAAAGCCAACUCUCCCGUGAAGGUGACCUGCUAACCCGCGAGCGUCUCUGCUGCGGGCUCAGCCUGUUCUCCGUGGUGCUGCGGCGGCUGCGCGCGUGCCUCGCCGCGCCGCAGUGGCCCGCGCCCGCGCCCAAGCACCACGCCGCCACCGACCUCGACCAGAACGACUUUCACAGACUAUGGUCGGCGCUACAGUUCCUGUACUGCAUCCCCGUGGGUGAGACGCAGUUUACUGUCGAGGAGCUAUUCGGCGAGGGCCUCCACUGGGCGGGCUGCACCAUCAUCGCGCUGCUCGGCCAGCAGCGGCGGUUCGAGGCGCUGGACUUCUGCUACCACAUCCUGCGCGUGCAGCGACAGGACCAGAAAGAUGACGUGGUCAAGGGCAUCCCGCUGAAACGCAUGGUGGACCGCAUCCGCCGCUUCCAGGUGCUGAACAGCCAGAUCUUCUCCGUGCUGGCGCGCCAUCUGUCGGCGGAGGACGAGCGCGCUGGUGUGGAGCACGUCAGGUGCUUCCCGCCGCCCAGCGCUAAUAAGAUUAAUUAAACGAAGAUAGAGGACUAGAAUAGUGAAGGAG